AUGACAGGGGUAACGCGCAAGGUGACAGUUCGUGACUUGACGACGCGCGAGCACAUUGAAUCACCUUGGAAGUACAAGGACUUCUGCGCACGAGCCGCUGAAGAAGUUAAGAAGUGCGGUGUGUACAUCCACCAGGAGCCCAUGGUAAGGCCGCCUGGGCCUUUGCGCUUGUAUCGUUCUGUGAGAGCUGCAGGGGAAGUCCCCGGUCUUCCGGCAAAACUCAAGGCAGCAAUUCAGACGCCACGGCUGCGCGGGAUGCAUUCCAGGCCUGGCACUAGCAAUACAACCUGUGGCUCUGAGUGUAGUAGCCCGGUGGGCUCGAGUGCUUCCCAUGGCAUCUCCAGACCUUUAAGGGAGAGGGCUCCCAGCCCUACCACGUCGCCAACAUUUUGGAGGAGGAGAGUACUGGCCGAGGAACAGAACGAGGUGCCAAGUAUCUCCAGCCGCUCUCGCAGGUCAAAGAGUUCAGAGGUCAGAAGUGCGAUCUUGCCUACCUGGAAGCGCUGGAGAGCACCACCACUGCAGUCCUCAGAGCCACCCAGAACAUCCCUGAAGGGCCUUGACGACACGGAGGUUGUGAUGUACACCAGGCGGCGCUCACCCGAAUGA